GACAGUAGGGAGCACGCACAAGUAUAGGUAAGAGCUGAGUACUAUGUGUGUAUGAGAGCCUGGCAUGAAGGCAGAGCGCUAGUAUGUGAAUGCACUGCUGUUCGUGUAGCUGCCUGGAGGAGUGUGUACUGCAGCAGUGUAUGUGUGUGAGGGCAACUUUGCUUGAACCAGGGCUGGUGGUGCUUCAAGAGGACUUGUUAAGGUCCCUUGCAACCAUGAAGUUUAGAAGGGUGCAGGUGCUCCUGAUUCUGGCAGUUCUGUCCUUCCUUCUGAUCCACUUCCACUUCCUACCCUGCAGCAACAAUGCCCCCGUGGAAGAAAAACUUUCUCCAGUCCACAUCCUCAUUCUGUCCUCCUGGCGGUCAGGAUCUUCCUUCACUGGACAAAUCUUCAGCCAGCACCCCAGCGUUUUCUACCUGAUGGAGCCCGCAUGGCACGUGUGGGUUACAAUGUACCAGAACACCGCCGAAGUCUUACACAUGGCAGUGCGGGACCUAGUCAGGUCAGUCUUUCUGUGUGACAUGUCUGUGUUUGAUGCUUACAUGUCUAGCCAGAAGAAAAAGUCUGAUUUAUUUCAGUGGGAGACAAGCCGAGCCUUGUGCUCCCCCCCGGCCUGUGACUCAUUCAGUCGCAGUGACAUAAUCACUGCAGGCAAUUGCAGAACAAUCUGUGGCAAGUACCCGUUCAGCAAGGUGGAGGAAGCUUGUAAAACCUACAGCCAUGUUGCCAUCAAGGAGGUUCGGUUCUUUGACCUGAAAGUUCUCUACCCCCUUCUCACUGAUCCAUCCCUGAACCUCAAAAUCAUUCACUUGGUACGUGAUCCUAGGGCUGUGUUCAGAUCCCGAGAAAAUACAAUGGCAGACCUGAAACGUGACAGUAACAUUGUUGUGGGGUCCCAGAGGACAAAGGGAGAAAUGGGGCCCUACAACACAAUGCAAGUAAUCUGCAAAAGCCACGUUGAGAUUUACAAGGCAGGCAGUCAGGCCAUUGCCAGCUUCCUGAAAGACCGCUACCUGCUGGUUCGCUAUGAAGACAUUGUCAGAGACCCGCUAGCAAAGGCUGCUCAGAUGUACCGGUUUGCAGAACUCCAUUUCACGCCAGAACUUCAGAGGUGGGUGCACAACAUCACCCAUGGGAAGGGGCAAGGAGCACAGGCCUUUGACAUUGGGUCCAGAGAUGCGCUGAGAGUAUCCCAAGCCUGGAGGAAGACUCUUCCUUUCCAGAAAAUAGAAAAAGUGCAAAAUGUGUGCAAGGAUGCGAUGGACUUGCUGGGCUACCGGCUCGUUCACUCUGAAGAAGAGCAAAAAAAUAUGUCGCUGGAUCUUUUGUUUGCCCAGAACUCCUCUGUGUAACAAAUUCUGAAGGUGGAAAAGCUGCUCUCUGCACCUACUCUCUGAAUGCUGCAGAGUGGAGAACUGUUUACUAGAGCAAAAUAGGACAGAGGUGCAUGCAUAUGUGUGUAAAAGUGCAUGCAUGGAUGUGCUACGCGAGGACAAGUAACACAGGAACCCUGACUGCACUCAUAAGAGCUUUCUUAGCAGCACAGGGUCACUCUCCAAGGCCCCUGGUGGCUCAGACAGAAUGCAGGCUGAAGUAAUGCAAGUCUGUUUUCCAAAUUAAGUCCAUGGGUCAUGUGAAGAAGGAAGUAUGUGUAGGUUGGAGCAAACAGAAUGUCAAAGGAGUGGGACCAGAUAGCAGGGCUCAAACCGCUCACAGACCACAGCUAAAUACUAGUGAAACCAAAUGGACCAACUGCACUGCAAAGGAAGAGGAGAUAUAAAUGGAAGCCGAAUAAAGAGAACAUUAUCUGUCAUGCUGCCACCCAGGAUAUGUAAUGCCAGAAGAGACGCAAGGAUGACCAGACAUUGGUUUCUGGAAAGGUCCUUUUUUUGGAAUGGUUGAAUUUUCAAGCCCAGUUUUUCUUUUGCUCCAUUCCUGUGCCUGGGCAUCCAGCCUUGGUGGCAAUGUUGGGGAAAUGUUUGUGUUCACUUACUAUAUAAUGGGAAAACGGAAUAAACCAGCUAUAGUUGAAAAUAAAAACUCCUGGGUUUGCAUAUGGGGAUCCAUUUCUGGGACUAUGUGAAUCCAUUUACUUUUCAGCUGAAAUAAUUCUGUCUUAUAGCUUUCAAAACCAAGAAUAGUUGUUCCCCUGGGAGUUCUCACAGUCCACGUGUGUGACUGAGAAGAAUUCAUGCUAAGGUUGAGACUGUAAAGACAAGGUAAGGACACAGAUUCUGAUGGUAUAAAUACUGGAACUGGGAAGAUAGGUUUAUAGCAGUGGACUGCAGAAGCCGAGAGGAGAAUGGGAAGUUAACCUACUGAAUUAUUUGGUGAGAGUAUUUUCUGUCUUAGAGCAAAACAAAAUUAUGUUUAAUAGACUAUGCCAUUCUCCGCCAUCUCCAUUGGAGAUACCAUUCUCCCAACUCAAAUGGGAAUAUGUGGCUCAAACCUGAAGAACAGAAUUAUUUUUACCUAUUUUUAACAGUGUUCCAUAAGACAAGGAGAAAAGCUUGUUACCAGACUUGGAGAGUGAAAUUCCUACAAAUCCCUCCUUCUAUACAUCUUCUUUUAUGUGUAAAUUGCAGAGUCCCUUUAACAUGCAUCUAUUUAACGGUGCAUUCUCCAAAGCUGGAAUAUUUCCACUACCCUCCAGGCAGUAAGGCAGCUGUGCUAAGGCAGGAUCACAAGCAUGAACAAGGGAUGAGGCUUGAUUCUGAGGGUGCGCAUCCUUGGGAGAAGGUGAUCAAGGCAAGGCUAGGCAUUGGAGGUUAUCUGAGAAGGGUCCAGGCAGGAUGAGGGCGUUCAGGGCCAUGGGAAGCUGCGUUCCCUCUCCACCAACACCACCCACCCCAUCCCCCAUGUUCCUCUUCCCUAUCUGCUCUGGCUGCGGCCCCUUGCCUCAAGGCCCUGUUCACUUUGUCAGUCAGCUGCCGUCCUCAUACCGGUGUAGCUCUGGUGAGGAGUGCUCCUAUUAAACCUCCCAGAAGGCCAUCUGGUGCCCACUCUAGAAAAGUGACAAUGUCUACCUGCAGGACUAGACCUUGUUUGCAUGUUAUUAAAAAGUUGCAAUAUCUUUUAAAAAGAGAAACAUACACUGCUGAAUUUUAAAAUUAGGGGAUAGAGUGACUGUGUUUGAAGGUGUAUAGGCAAUAAACAGUGUCCAGCCUCUACCUAUUGUAUGUGUUUGAACGGUGACAGAGAAGGAUUCAUGUUAACUGAAUAGCAAUCUCUAAUAGUAGGAAGAAGGCUCUUUUGACAAAUUCACAGCAGCUGGGUUGGUUGGUUUUUGUACCAGAGAAUUAAUGAGGGUUUUGUUAUGUGCUGAUUCUGCCGAGGAAAGUAGGGAAAGUAAUCUUACAGACAGACGCUGAGCAGUUAUGUUGGUUAGCAAGAGAAAGUAGCUGCUAGCUAAAGAGUGGACCUGUGGAAUGAACCAGUGAGCCAUCCCCGGUUAACAGUCAGCUGAGACCACAAAGAGUAGCAGCCUACAGAAGUGGGAGAGCUUCCCAGUCCAGAAGCAGCUCUGUAGUCACUUUCACUGGGGUAGGCAUCAGCAUUCCCGAUCCUGUGUGUCCCUUUGGGCUAAGAGAUGAGAGCUGCAGGAUGAAUUGUGCAACACCAAGUGGUGAGUAGAGGAGGUUAGCUGCCCAGCAAGGCAGCUCUAGAAGCAGAAUUGGUCAGCAGUGGGAAAGAUGAUACAGGCAGGAGGGAGGAGCCUGUCUUUCAAUUUCUGUUUAAUUCAGUACUAUUGUUAAUUAUUUAGAUUUCACAGGCCGGUCUUUUGUUGCAGCAUUUCUCUUAUCCAUGAAAUUGUAUUUCUUCAAAUGCCCCCGUGUACAUUCGUGCCUUGUAAGAGGUGGGUGGGCAAGGGCAGACCUCAGCUUGUUACCCAUUCAGCAGGGCUUUCGUGGUUUCUGGGUGCAGGACUAGAUGAAUGUCAGUGUUUCUUAAGGAGCCCUUUGAAAUUGUAUGCAGACAUCUCUUACCACUAAAUAGGGUCUAGCGCAUUGAAUUAUUCAGAUGCACUACUAAGUCACUGUAUAAGCUGAAUUUCUCCACUAGCUGCUGGUGAUUGCUUCAGCACAGAAUCAGUCACUAUCCAAAUUUCACUUUCAGUCAUGCUUUUCUUUUGGAUGAAGCAAUCAGCCCUGAUCACCAAGACUAAAAACAUUUUAAAGCAUCUGUGAAUGAUUACAGGACGUUUGCUCCUCAGGAACAUGGUUUCUUUCUGGAGACCACUAAGAUAGGGUUCCUCUAAGCAUGAAUCCUAUUGUUUAAUACAAAGCUCUUAUUUUUAGUGGUUGGAAAGACUUCAGGUGCUAUUUCUGUAUCUUUCCAGAGUCUGAAUUUCUAUUUCAUCAUCUGUAAAACUGAAAUAAUACUGACUCAAUUCAGAAGAGGCAGAUCUCAAUCUUGUGUAAAUAAAGGUUUGAAGCUAGAUUUAUAAAGGAGACAUCAGAAGUUGUAUCCAAUAUUUAGGCUUUAGUGACAUUUACAGAUCACCUGCUACCAUAGCACUGUGGAUAGCCAUAUUCCUAGCGCUAAACCUCUAACCCCUGCAAAGGGUAGGAUGGUGUCUGUUACGGAAAUCAUAGUCUUACUCCUAGGGAUUCUGUUGUUGAAUGACAAAAUCCAUGCUGAGCAGGCAGCACUGGCAUCGUGAUAGUAACUCCACUGAAAACAAGGUAUCUUCCUGUACACAGUGUUUAUGCAAACUUAGAGCAGGCAGGCUGGCAUACAGAAGCAGGACUUGUAGUGUGCCAGGGAAGUGCACAGUCACUGUAUUUCUUCUAAAGUCCCUUUAAAAUGGUCCUUAACAUACUCAGCUAAAAGCAUGGAGUCUCGGAAGUCUGUUCCUACUGAAGUCAUAGUAAAGAGCUUCCCACUCUAAGUGCCAAGAAGUCUGUUUCUGAACAAACAUAGACUUUGCAGUACAUUGCUAAUUCUAUCUCUACAUUAACCAAUGUCAGUUUGAGUGGCAUAAGUUUUAUUAUGAAUAUUUGUUUUCAGUGGACUCGAACAAUUCUGUGUAUUAAAUGUGUAGCUGGACAAAAACCUUCAUAGUAUUUCCAGUCAGUCGGUAAACAAAUGACAUAAAAAUAACAUAUGAUGCAUUUUCUUAAUGUACUGUUUUGAAAAUUACUUUAAGUUCUGCUUUCUAAGCUUAAUUGGAGAAAAAGCAGGUUUGUUGAUUUCAGUGUAUCUUUACUACACUCCUUUAGCUAUGUUCUUCAAUACAACAAUCGGUAAGAUUGUAAUUUUUUCUGGAAGCACCAAAGCCACAGAGUGCGGUCCCAUGAAAAUGUAAAGUUGUCUUAAUGCAAGCAAAGAUGACUUAAAAUACUUUUUGGAGGAGGAAAAAAAACCCAACAAAACCCGCUCAAACUUUCAAGAUGGUGAGCAUGACAUUUAAAACUAUGGCUACAUUCUUUGGCACGUGUGUAAAAUAAAGAUCAUGGAUGUCUGCUUAGAAACAAAUGUCAAGUUUACAUUGUGCAAGUUCAGAAGAGUAAACUCUGCUUUUAUACCAAUGAAGUGUAAGAUGGAGAAGUCACCAACGGGACAUUUAAAACCUGACUCUGGAAUUCCUGUCUUUUGCUUUUCAACUUGGUGCACGCAGUCAGUUCUUAGUUUGCAGACCCAGUAUUUCUGCCUCUGGAAUUGUCUUUAACUCAAAGUUCUGGCAUGCACAUUGCCACUCUGCUCACCCUUCCAGGUUUACAAAUAUUGCUGCUUCAGGCAAUACUACAAAGAAGAAAUUUGUGUACUACUUUGAGCUACAAAAAGAGCAUUCCUGACACUCCCGAUAGAACAGGGACCUGAUAUGACCAUGGAAAGCCAAACUGUCUCCAACAUAUGGGAAGGAAUGUAACUCCAUCUUUGGUAAAACAAAGCAGACAAAACAAGGAUUUUUUUAUUGUGGGAGAAGGCAAAGCCUGAAGCAGAACCAUAUGAUAUAGUGAUAUCUCCAGGUGCUGUUAAUGCGCAAGUGGACUCAUGAGACCUAGACCCAUGUGCCUGCACAAGCAAGUCUAUCUGUGGAUAAGCAGUGCCUUUCAGCACUUCAGAACGGAUGAAAGAGAGCAACCUUGAGUAAACUCUGCUCUUUGUGUCUCAGUUCCUGUGCUUACUGAGUACACCAAGUGCAUAUGGAAAAGGUUGCCAGUGUUAGACAAUGUCUUUCUGUGGUUCUGCAAAGGUAAAAGCACUGUAUGCAGACUUAGAAGUUUGCAUUGCACGUCUGACUAAUUACCCUGAAAAGACAAACUCACUCUUAAAGUAAGUGUCACUUAGAAUGAUAAAGAGAUGUAAUAAGCCUUACACCUGGUCUUUUUGUGUUGCAGCCAUUUAACAUUUUCUACCUCUUUGAAUUCUAGAGCAGUUUUGGUUAAACAAGACAACCGUUGAAUUGUGAUAUUACGGUGCUGCUGAGACACAUACGCCACCCAAGCUAGAAUGGGAGGUUUUGACUGCAGGAGGUGAUGGGUCUCCUGUUCAUGAACCUGGUCAUCAGCAGUCCUUGGAUUUCAAAUCCAUCUGGUAAAGUUUCUAGUUUUUUAAAAAUCUCACUACUUUAUUUGCUAUGUUGUCUUGCUCUCUCUCAUUAAGUGCUUGUCUGGUCUUCCACCCAAGUCGCAAGUAACGAGUCUGAGCAGCAUGAAUGUACCAAGGAUUUCUCACUUUUUCAGCAGGACUGACCUGUCCUGUGAAAGACUGCAUAGUCUAAACCAGAGUUUUGGCAUUUGAUUACAUUGGUUAACUCCCGAAAUAAUCAGUUGGUGUUUCAGGACAGCAUUUUCUGAAGUAGCUGUCUAUAUCAAGUUAUUGUUGACUUUCAGUAU